AACACACGAGGUGCUCAGACUCGCUGGCGCCUGGAUAUCACAAGUACACCAAACGUGUGAACAAGACCAUUGCGACACCCAUUAACUUCAAUUACAGAGUUAUAAUUCCGCUGAGAGUCGCUUUACUCAUGCAGAUGAGCGGAGAAGCUCCUAUAAAGUCAGACCACUGACCAGAUGAGCUACAGCUGAUCAAAUUAUUAGGAAACAUCAUGUUCAAGAAGUUCUCCGUGGAGUGGUUGUCCCAGAGCUUCCAUGCUCAAGAUCUGGAGCAGGAGAAACGCGUCACAGUAAGAGCUCCUGAUGAUUUCAGUGAUGCUCGCCACGCGUCUUCAGAAACGCUUGGAGAAGGAGAAACCAAGGACAUGUCUUCUCCUACAAACAGCUGUGGCUACUCCUCGGCCUCUGAGAGCGAUGAGAGCGAAGGAGAGUCCGCGUCACAGCGGCGCGUCAGAACCAAGUUCAGCUCGGAGCAGAUCUCGCGUCUGGAGAAGAGCUUCAGUAAACACAAGUACCUCGGAGCGACUCAGAGACGCAGGAUAGCAGAGAAACUGCAGCUGUCUGAAACACAGGUGAAAACGUGGUUCCAGAACAGACGGAUGAAGCUGAAGCGGGAAGUUCAGGACGCGCGUGCAGCCGAGUUUUUUGUUGUGCUUCCGCCGGUGACGUCAUUUCAGAACCACACCGCUAGCGGACAGCACUCGCGCCUCUAUUUCCCGGCACAAAUUCCCGCGCGACAGUUGCCGCCACCGAUGUUGUUCCCGUCCUGCUACUUUUAAACCUCCUC